AUGUCAACAUUUAAAGGCAAAGUUGCUAUCAUUACAGGCUCAUCCCAUGGUAUCGGUGCCGCUAUCGCACAAAAGUUGGCCUCACUGGGAGCUAACUGUGUGAUUACAGGUAGAGAUGAAAAACGUAUCGAAACAGUAGUCAACAAAUGCAAUGAACUGUCCGGUAGUGACACUCGGACAGCACUGGGAGUCAGAGCUGACCUAUUAGUGGCAAAUGAUCUGAAAAAUUUGGUCGACAAAACUGUCAAACAGUUCGGCCGUAUAGACAUUCUGGUCAAUUGCGCCGGUUUUGAACAGUCGGUAAACUUGACCGAUUCGGCUGACGACUAUUUUGCAGCCUAUGACAAAGUGAUGGCCACCAAUGCCCGUUCGGUUCAAGUACUCAGCCGAUUGGUUGUACCGUAUUUGUUGGCCAACAACAACCAAGGAAGCGCUAUACUAAACAUAUCGAGUACACUGUCGCUGAUACCCGAUCCGACAACUAUACCCUACUGUAUGUCUAAGUGUGCAUUGGAUAUGUUUACCAAAUGUUUGGCACUAGAAUUGGGACCCAAAGGGGUUCGGGUUAAUGCAAUUAAUCCCGGAGCUAUACGUACGCCACGUGACGAGGAAACCGAUAAAUUUCUUGUCGAUCACUGCCAGAAGUCUUAUCCAUUGAAACGUAUCGGUGAAGUUGAAGAUAUCGCCGAAACGGCUGCCUUCCUGUGCUCGUCGGCCGCCUCCUUCAUAACUGGGGUCGUACUGGCUGUAGAUGGAGGAGCUAUGCUCUGUGGACUGCCUUAA